AUGUCCGGGUUUAAUGUAGGCACCUCAAUAAAAGGACAUAAGAAAGCCACUGAGAUGUGGGAGAAGCAGGAAGCAUUGCCAUCUGAGGAGGAGAGAACAAGCUUACUUGACCAGCUCCUCCAUGAAAGGGCACACAGUGGCCCAGAGGAAACAAAAUCCCUUCUCCACAGGCUGAUUUUCCUGUCCAAGAUCUCACCAGACCUGGCUGAUAAAAGGAAUUUAGCUGAAUACUGGGAACAACUCUUUGUGAGUCUGCAGCGCUACUAUUACCAGAGCGAGGGAGUCACAGGCCUGCUGUUGCUGUACCCCACAUAUGUUGUACACAUACUGGAGUCUUCCAGUGAGGUGCUUUAUGCUGUCAUGCGAGACCUGAGGGACAUGGAGCAGCAGCAGAGGGUGUUAGUCUUGGAUGCCAAGAUCCUUGUAAUGUCCCACAAUCUCCCGGUCCGACUCUUCCAGCAGUGGAACUACAAAGUGUUGAAUGUGCCAGGGAGGUACCGGGAGGAGGAUGCACCCCACGAGGAACCAGUGGAGGCUCUUAUCACUGAGUGCCUCACCACACUCCUGAAACUUGGCAAGCAUCUGCUGAAGUACCCCAAGAGUCCAAAGAACCUCCCAGACACCAUCUUGCAGAAGGUACCAGAGCUGCUUGUUCCCCAAGAUACCAUCUGCCACCUGCUGGAAUGCCAAGAGUUGCUGAGCCCAGCUCAGUACCUGCACAUUUAUGACUCCCCUGUGAACAUUCUGAUGGACUCAGGUAGCGCUAGGAAAGAUUCACUGCUGGAACCAGAGAGGGGUGCUGCCAGUCAGUGUGGCCACUACCAAGCUGGAUGGACCCAAUAG